UUCGUGAUGUUGCCCAUCCACCAUCUCACUGACAAGUGGUUCGGGCCAACUCCUGCGAUAUUGAUUCUCUGGAGUCCUCAGUGCACUUUCCUCGCCAAAUACUAACCCGAUACGACCCCUGUACCUAGUAAGACGCCAAGUCAAACUAGUAUCGUGGUAGUUAGACUCCGUCAGCUUCCACGGGCAGCCAGGAGGUGGACCCUUGUGAUGAAAUGAUCCACAGGAAGUCUCCAUCUCAAGUAGCAGUGUUGAUUGCUGACGAUAUCGUUGUAUACUGACAGAGUUUGUAGAGAUCUACUCAUCGUAUGACUGACCACACCCCACAAUUGCUCCGCAUCCUACCUAGUCCAAAACGCAUUGACAUCUAGGGCGAUAGACGCAACCUCAGCCUUACAGAAGCUACGCCGCAGUACAGCAUGGUCGGGAGGGCAGGUCGGUCUAAGGCAUGUGCGAAUUGCCGACGAAGUAAGAAAGGUUGCGAUUUGGUACGCCCCGGUUGUGGGCAAUGCUCCGCGAAGAAACUCAAAUGCGAGGGAUAUAACGACGAAUUGACAGUCUUCUCAUACAAUCCCAACACGCCCUCCCGAUACAAGAACCUACAGGCUACUGCGAUCAAGAUUAAAUAUUCCGAUGUGUUCUGGGAGCGAUUCUUGCCUUCGGGAUCCAAGGCCUCGAACUGGACUCAAUUGCUGAGGGAUAAAUAUGAUACAGAUGAUGGGCCUUUCAAAAACGCAGUUCUUGCUGUCACUCUAUCACGAGUCGGGCUGCAAGAUGACAACCAAAACAUUGCACGGUCAGGAGAUAUGCAUUACUACGCAUGCCUCCGUCAAGUCAAAAAAGCAAUUGAAAAGGAUAGUGAGGCAACCAAAGAUCAUAUCAUCGCUACCUGCUUCUUGUUGGGUCUCUACGAAUAUAUGUGUAACCCACACUCAACGUAUGGUUGGCAGAAUCACGUACGAGGCGUCGAGACUUUGCUUCAGCUACGUGGCCCACACGCAUUUCGAUCCGGCUUCAGUCAUAAAUUAUUCGCAGGUGUUCGUCUAGAAAUUAUUUGUCUUUCCAUGGUCAAUCGGAAAGCCACCUAUCUCGGUACCUCGGAAUGGCUGAGGAUUCCAUGGAGUGAAAAGUCCACGCCGAAAUCAUAUAGCAACCGCAUCCUGGAUCUCCUCGCCCAAAUACCACAAUUGCUUGAAUCUCUUGAUGGAUUGCAUAACAAUGAUCCUUUGAAUCGUCACUCCUGGGAUACUUUACUCGAAGCAUGCUGGAAGCUCGACGACGCCGCCCAAAAAUGGUCCGUUGACUUCUACCCAAUCUGCGCCCCAGUGUUUUCCAACUCGCCACACACAUUCGAUCCAUCCGUACCCGAUCUCGCUGUACCUCUUACUGCGGUAUCACGCAUCAAUCAUAGUAAUGCACAAGCCCUUGCACUAUACUGGUCAGUCUGCCUUUAUAGUCACGCCAUCAUCCGUAUAGCAUGGAAAGAAACGGGAAACGCACCAUCUUUGCUCCCAAAACGCAUUGAUGCAAGCAAAUACGCACAUGUAAUUUCUGAAUCCAUUCUUUUUUUCUCUAGUAGUACAGCUGGCGAAGGGACUGUGAUUUUCUUCAUGAAAUGCGUCAUAACAGCACUGCAUUAUCUUGGAGCCUCCGGUCUCGUACACUCUGAAGCUUAUCAGCGAAUGAAAGUCCUGAUCCAUCCUCCUGGGCCUCCAACACAGAUUCGGACGCGGUCAGGGAUGUGGGCGAGAUCGCUUUUGAUCACCAUGUCACAUGCGGCGAAGGGUUAUAAAAUAACGGGCUUCAAGGAAUUGCAGAGUCGAAUGGAAUAUGACCUGGGUAUUUCUAGAAUGGUGGCCAUGUAUUGGUGGGGAGGAGGCAGCAAAGCCCUGAACUUUGCGGACUAUUCCACAACGUAG